GAGUUAAGUUUAUUUCUUAGUUGGUGCUAUUAUAUCCUGCAUAUCAUUAUUUGAUGUUUUUCUCCUAGAUUAUAGAAAGUUUUGGGUACUGACUUCUUCUGGAGGCUGUGUUGAACAACUUAGUUCCAGUUGAUAUCCAGUUGAAUAUCUUGGGCAUUUUCUUUAAGUAUUUUUUCCUGUGAACUUUUUUAUUUGAAUUUUGAAUUACUGUUUUCUUUAUAUGCAGACUCUUCACGUAUUCUGAUCUAUUGGCCAUUUAACAUGUUUUUUUUUCUUUCUUUCUUACUUAAUCCAGAAAGAGCGAAUAGGGAUGCAGACUUUGAUUUUGAGAUGCUGGGCAGCAGAGAGAGCAGCUUGCUCAUCAUUGACAAACCAAGGUUUAAAAAAGAUGAGCAAAGCAAAGACUCUACCUUCUUCCGAGAUGGGGUGAGGCAAAUCGAUUUUGUGCUUUCCUAUGUUGAUGAUGUAAAGAAAGAAACGGACUUAAAGGUGGAAAGAAGAAAAGAGUUUGAACAAAAUCUCAGAAAAACAGGCCUGGAGUUGGAAAUUGAAGACAAAAUGAACUCUGAAGAUGGAAGAACUUACUUUGUCAAGAUCCAUGCCCCUUGGGAGGUGUUAGUGACUUACGCUGAAGUGCUGGGAAUCAAAAUGCCUAUUAAAGAGAGUGAUAUUCCCCGACCUGAGACCUUCUCCUUUAACUGUAUGCUUGGUCCUCUGAAGCUCGCAAGGAACGUGAAGUAUCCUCACCCUGAGUAUUUCACUGCCCAGUUCACCAGACAUCGCCAGGAACUCUUCCUCAUCGAUGACCAGUCAACCUUCUUCCCAUCCUCGUCAAGAAACAGAAUUGUUUAUUAUAUUCUGUCGCGAUGUCCUUUCGGCAUAGAAGACGGGAAGAAAAAGAUUGGGAUUGAGCGACUGCUAACUUCCUACACUUACUCGGCUGCCUUUCCACUCCAUGAUGGUCAAUAUUGGAAGCCAUCGGAACCUCCUAAUCCUGUCAAUGAAAGGUACACACUUUUCCAGAAUUGGGCUCGGUUUUCCUAUUUUUACAAGGAGCAGCCUUUAGACUUGAUUAGGAAUUAUUUUGGAGAAAAAAUUGGCAUGUAUUUUGUCUUUCUCGGAUUCUACACAGAAAUGCUGUUCUUUGCAGCUAUAGUUGGCUUAGCUUGUUUUAUUUAUGGCUUAUUUUCAAUGCAUAAUAGCACAAGCAGCACUGAAAUCUGUGACCCUGAGAUUGGAGGUCAAAUUAUCAUGUGCCCACUCUGUGAUGUAGUGUGUGAUUAUUGGAGACUAAAUUCUACAUGUUUGUCUUCAAAGGUCUCUUAUUUAUUUGAUAAUGAGUCAACAGUGUUUUUUGCAAUAUUCAUGGGAAUUUGGGUCACGUUGUUUUUGGAGUUUUGGAAACAGCGUCAAGCCAGACUGGAAUAUGAGUGGGACCUGGUGGACUUUGAGGAGGAACAGCAGCAACUUCAGCUGAGACCUGAAUUUGAAGCUAUGUGUAAACAUAGGAAAAUGAAUCCAGUGACUAAGGAGAUGGAACCUCACUUGCCCCUACAUAAACGGCUUCCAUGGUACUUCUUAUCAGGAGCCACAGUGGCACUAUGGAUGUCUCUUGUCCUCGCGUGCAUGGUAGCUGUGAUUGUGUACCGCCUGUCAGUCUUUGCUACAUUUGCCAGCUUCAUGGAAAGUGAAGCAUCCUUAAAACAUGUCAAAAGCUUCCUUACCCCUCAGAUAACCACGUCACUCAGCGGGUCAUGCUUGAACUUUAUAGUCAUCUUGAUCUUGAAUUUCUUUUACGAAAAGAUAUCUGCCUGGAUUACGAAGAUGGAAAUUCCUCGAACCUACCAGGAGUACGAAAGCAGCCUGACCUUGAAAAUGUUCCUGUUUCAGUUUGUAAAUUUUUAUUCAUCGUGUUUCUACGUAGCUUUCUUUAAAGGGAAGUUUGUGGGCUACCCCGGAAAGUACACCUAUAUGUUUCAUGUGUGGAGAAGUGAAGAGUGUGAUCCUGGAGGCUGUCUCAUAGAACUGACAACCCAGUUGACCAUCAUAAUGACGGGGAAACAGGUCUUCGGAAACAUUCAAGAAGCCAUUUAUCCCUGGGUUCUGAAUUGGUGGAGACGCCGAAAAUCUCGGACCAACUCUGAGAAGUUAUACAGUCGAUGGGAGCAGGAUCAUGACCUUGAAACUUUUGGAAGUCUUGGGCUAUUCUAUGAAUACUUAGAAACAGUUAUCCAGUUUGGAUUUGUUACAUUAUUUGUGGCCUCUUUUCCUUUGGCUCCUCUCCUUGCCCUCCUGAAUAACAUCAUAGAGAUCCGCGUGGAUGCCUGGAAACUUACGACUCAGUACAGGAGACCUGUAGCUGCUAAAGCUCAUAGCAUAGGUGUUUGGCAAGACAUCCUUUACGGAAUGGCUGUCCUUUCUGUGGCUACUAAUGCUUUUAUUGUUGCAUUUACAUCAGACAUGAUUCCCCGUUUAGUGUACUACUAUGCCUACUCAACAAAUGCCAGUGAGCCGUUGAGAGGAUACGUCAAUAACAGCCUGUCAAUAUUCCUGAUAGCUGACUUACCAAACCACACUGCGCCUUCGGAAAAACGAGACUACACCACUUGCAGGUACAGAGAUUACAGAUAUCCUCCUGAUCAUGAUCAGAAAUACUUCCAUAAUAUGCAGUUCUGGCAUGUCCUUGCUGCCAAAAUGACCUUCAUCAUAGUUAUGGAGCACAUUGUAUUUUUAGUUAAAUUUUUGGUGGCUUGGAUGAUCCCUGAUGUUCCAAAAGAUGUUCUGGACAGAAUCAAGCGAGAAAAGCUAAUGAUAGUCAAGAUUCUCCAUGAUUUUGAGCUUAAAAAAUUAAAAGAGAACUUGAUAUUUGAUUCUCAGGAAUUUGCCAAGGAAUUCCUUAUUCAGGAAAACAAAGUACAGCUGGCUAAAUCAACAGUCUAGUCAACAAAAUGAGUAAGCAGCUGGUAGCCUGUCUGGCUUCACGUUUUCCCUGGGUUAGGGCCGGAGGCCAGAAGCCAUGUGCCAAUUUCACCCCUCCUCCUUCAUUUUCUCUUUUAACGCAGAGUUUCUGUACACCUUUAUAGAGGCCAACUUUAUGAGGUCGGAAGAGUACCACUUGUCUGCUCCAUUGGCUGGGCCCUCCCUACAUAUUGUUUUCUGGGAUUCUGUAAAUGAUUGUUAAAAGUGCAUGUGGAAUCAGAAUAUAGAAAAUCAUGGAAUGUUGCAGUUUUUAACCCAACACUGGACUUGGGCUAUCCCAUCACCUUCCAGUGCCUGUGCACAUUUUCAUGGUCUUCUACUGGGUUGUUUUGUGUCUUUUUCCCAUCAAGAAAAGUGCUGGGACAAAAAGAAAAGAAGUGAAGGGGCCAAAAGAGUCACAUUUAUCCUGCUGCUUUAGACUGCAAAUGGAAAAACCAAAAUCCGAUGACAUACGAAAACUCACACAUUAAACCUAUUGGGUAAACAUUGUGGCAAGGGUGUGUUUCUGAAGUCAUCCUGAAUAAGUUAAGCUUCCAUCAGAAUCCCAGAUAGUCCUUCCAGGAAAAUGCAAAAUUGAUUCUUCAAGAGACUGAACGUUUGAGUUUCAACGAAAGACUAACAACUCAGUUCUUUGAAGAUAACGUUGUGGUAAAAAUAAUUUGAAGACCGGAUUGUCAUAUCUGGAAAAGAGCUUAAGAAGUUAUUAAAUUGCUUCAGGUCUUUGAGUAAAUGAAAGAUGUUUUAGAACAGUAAAUGUCUCUUCUUAGUAGUUAAAGAAUGCAAGACAAUGUACAUUGAUUAAUUUAUUGACCUUAAUAUAAAAAUUGUUGAAUUACUUAAAAAAA